CUUGAAAGAAAUUUUAUAAAUUUUUCUUAUUAUCAACAUUUUAAACAUGAACUCGACUUACAGCGUUAAAAAUCCAAUAGUAAGAAUAAGUGCAGAUUUAACAUGAUUUGAGGAGUACAAAGAAGAACAGCAGGUCGAAAAGGUUAAUUCACAAUUCAAUUGCCCUUGUGCCGUUUGUCAUACCCAACAAAUAAAAAUGGAUGAGGACUUCAAAGAGACCCAAAAUAAAAUUGAAAUCGAUGAGCAGCAAUUCGAGAAAGGCGAAAACCUUAAUACAAAGGAUAAAUCUAAAAUUCUUAAAUAAGACAUAUUCAUGGCUCCUCCAGAAGCUUGGUCCGGUGCCAUCCAGCCUUCAUAUUGCUAAGAGCAUGAAAAAUGUUAAAGGGGCUAGGAAUGGCCUUGAUAUCAGUAUACCAGAAACCCUAAUCUUCAGAAAAGGAAAGCUAAAAUGAAUGAUCACUACCAACAAAGCAGGCAGGAUUUGGGUCAAUCCAAACAUCAAGGAGACAAGUUACCUCAACAUUAGACUUUUGUUCAAGAAUUUUAUGAAGAAGAAAUGGAAAAAUGUAUCUUCAGGCCCUGGUGUCUACAAUGGCCUCAAGUUCGAAGACCGCCUGUGUAAAAAGCACCAGCUUGAAAGAGAAGCCCUACUUAGAACCAAACCAAUUAAAAGCUCUCCCAGGAUUAACAUCCUGAUCGAUACAGAUGAGAAAGAUAAAGGUCACAGAAGGAGAAGGUCAAGAAAGAAGUCCAGAGCUCGACCAAAGACUGCCAAAACUACUAGAUUACCUAGGUAUCUACAACCAAUCCAUGGCAAAGCAGUGAAGGACGACCACUAUGAUAUCUCUAAUUUCUACUACAGAGAUAUGCUUUUAGUACGCCUUAAAGAAAAUCAGAGAGCUAAGAUUUUGAACGAGAAACAAUUCACAAAUGUAUUUUUACUCCGAAAUAACGACCCGUUUUGGAAGACCCUUGACUAUCUCCAAGCUAAUGUUAAGGCUCAGGUAGGCCUUGGCACACCUAUCGUUAUUAAGUUCUACGCUGAUUUGAACAGUGUCCACCCAGAUCAUCCUGAUAGGCUCCAUUACGACUACACAAAGUUUGGUAAAGAUGAGGACAUCACAAACGAAUUUGUAUAUUGCCUCAAGUUAUGAUAUAAAAUAUGAGAAUAUCUCCAAAGAGUUCAUCUAUAUGAAAUCCUUAAGAUGAGAGCCCAAUUCUCUAAAGACGAUGACGGCAAGAUCUUCCUUAUCUAUGUCAAAGACCUUCACCUGAGAAAAAUCCAAUUUGACUUUGAACGUCAUCUAAUUCAGGAAGAGGUCCAUAAUAUGAACCAGAAAGCUAAGGAUAAACUUGUGAGCGAGAUUAAUGAGCAUCUUGAUAACACUAAGUCUCAGAAAUAAGAUUUAUUCUAUCUAUGACGUAAUGAACAAGCACUACGGAGGGAUUUAAAACAAGAAUGGGCGUGAAUGAACUCGAGGAUAAGGAUUACCUAGAGACUGACCAAGACAAGAUAGCAGAAGAUGCGUACAAAGCUCUUCGGCCAGAAUCCCCCUACAAAUUAGGCGAACUUGUCAAUAAGCAGAAAUUCAAGGACAAAAAGUAUAUCAACUCCAGAAGGAUAGAGGAGAAGCAACUGGGCGGUAGAUGUAUGUUCCGAAGUCAUGCUAUCAAGAAUCCAGAAGAAUUAAGGCAGGCCAUUCUUAAGGGAGAGGUUUAUAUCAGCUCUCCUAAAAAGUUCCUUAACAAGAAGGACUUCGCAAACCUCAAAGAAGACGCCCGCCUGAUGCACCAAUAUUAUUCAACUAGUGUUAACGCUCCUGUUGAGUUAAAUAAGGAAUUCAGGCUCAUGAAGAAGGAUAAUGUCAAUCUUAAGAAAAUCAAGAAAUCUAUCUCCACUGGAUUUUUAGGCAACCAAACGAAGAAAGAUAAAUUAAUGGUCCAAAUGUCAAAUAAAAUUAUUGAUUUCUGCCAUGGAGGUUUAGACAUGAAAAAGAAAUCUUUAAAGCCCUCUAAGAGAAAUAGACCUUCGAGUUUUGGUAAGAAUACCCCAGACAGGAGUUUCCAUCAAAAUCCUAGUACAAAAAUGAUGACACAUUUCAAAAAGGGGCAAAGAAACAGACCAAAAUCAGGAAGGGUCAGCUCUAUUCACCAACGGAAUAAAGGUUUGAGCAGGAUCACGACACAAGGAAGCUACUCAAGUUCUAAAUUUGGGAUGAAAAACAGUGUGAACCAUACCAGAGAGUCGUAUAUAAAAUACCUUGCAGAGAACAAGGACAACCAUAUAACUGACAUAGCAGCUAUCGUCUAAACUUUCAAAUAAA